AUAGCAUUUAAAAAACACUUAUAUAAAAAUAUCAACAAUCAGUGCUAGUUUAUACACGGAAACAAAAAUACUAAUGAAUAUGGACUGUAUAUAGUGUGUAUGUAUAUAAUACUUAUAAUACUUUGGAACACAUACAUUCACAUCAUUCUCCAUGGAGGAUGUGUUAUUACUGAAAGACGAUACAUCUAUUUUUAGAACCUUAUUUGUAUAAAUUGAAAAUGUUUACAGGGCCGGAAAGUUUUUUUUUAUUUUGAAGGGAGAAAACAGCGGCUCACCGGAAGUCUCUUGUGUCCUCAGUCGUGGUAUGACAGGAAUUUGGCACAAAGUUUGAAAUAAUUUCGACAGUAGUAGUGUAGAAAUACACACAAUACUUACAAUUUAGACCUUCACAUAAAAACAAGGGAAAUACAAAUAUAUAUUCACGUCAUCCUCUACUGUACGUCUCUUAUUAUUGAAGGUUUUCAUGAUGGUUGGAUUUGAUGUAUUAUAUCAAUAAGAAACGAUAAAAUUUUUUGCAAAAUUAUUCAAAAUGAAAGGUGAUUAUUUUUUACUACUAAACUCCAAAGCAGAAGUGUUUUUAUUUUGAAGCGUGUCAACAAGUUCUCACCGGAAGUUAGUCGCGUGUUUUCAAUCGAUUCCCUCCGCUUGUGUCUUCUCGCGGUAACGUUAGCAUAGUACGCGAUUAGCUCUCUUAGCUAGCUCCGUCGUUUUCAGGUUUCGUGUCGACCUGACGACCACAGACAGGGAGCGACACGCAAAAGGCUGCAUACAUAUUUAUAUUUUUGAUUCCAAGCUGCUGAGGGGACCAGGACCAUGCCUCAUAACUUCCAGCCCGGAGACCUGGUCUUCGCUAAAAUGAAGGGGUACCCCCAUUGGCCAGCCAGGAUUGAAGACGUGGCGGAUGGAGCAGUGAAACCCCCACCAAAUAAAAUUCCAAUUUUCUUCUUUGGGACUCAUGAAACGGCAUUCCUGGCAGCCAAGGAUCUUUUUGCCUAUGAAAAGUACAGCGAGCGCUAUGGGAAGCCCAACAAAAGGAAAGGCUUCAAUGAAGGCUUGUGGGAGAUUCAGAACAAUCCGCACGCCUCCUACAGCGCCCCACCUGUGCUCGCCAGCUCGUCCGACAGUGAAGACAACAAUGCCGGCGGCGGAAGCGAUGACGAGGAGGAGGAAGAAGCCCCCGUGCCCAGGAGGGCGGACUCUGCAAGCGAAGUGGACUCUGAUUCUGCCAGUGAAGACAGAGGAAGGGGAGGAGGAGGAGGAGUAGUGAAGCGGAAGCCGCAGCCUCCAAAGCGUCCGCCGCCCCCAAAAAAGACUCGCCGCUCGUCCAGCAACAGAGACGAGGAGAGCGGAUCCCCGUCAGAAUCGGAAGCCACUCCUUCGGAGUCGGACUCUGGCAAGAACAGCGACCAGGACUUUACUCCUGAGAAGAAAACGGCAGCAGGGAGGGCUGGAAAGAAAGCAGCAGGCAGAGGAAAGAAAAAGAAGGAUUCAUCCGACUCAGAUUCAGACUCAGGAUCUGCUUCAGACAAAAAAGCCGCAGACAGCGACUCUGAGGAUGAGAAGCCUCGGCCGGCCGUGUCUGGUUCCGAGUCUCGGUCUGGCUCCAAGUCUGAAUCGGAAUCUGACCCACCUCCCCGGAAGGCUCCGCAGGCACGCAAAAAAGCGCCAGAGAAACCUGCACCUAAGCCUCGCUCACGGAAACCCAAAGCCGCGCCUCCCAAACGUGCAGCAGCAGCGUCGUCGUCGUCAUCAGACAGCGACAGCGACAGCGAGCCGGACCGCAUCAGCGAGUGGAAGAAGCGGGACGAGGAGCGCAGAAGGGAGCUGGAGGAGCGGCGGAAAAAGGAGGAGGCAGAGGAGCUGCGGCGGCUACGAGAGCGGGAGAAAGAGGAGGAGGAGAAGCGGAAAAGAGAAAAGGAGGUGAAAAAGGUGAGCGACAGUGACAACAGCAGCUCGGAUGAAGGCGUGGACGAGCACCCCUUGAAGAGAUCCAAGAAGCCCCCUCCCCCGCCCAUCCCCGCGCCCUCUGACUCGGACUCUCCUGCAUCAGCUGAGGUGAAGAAAGCAGCCAGGAAGUCUGACAAGCAAAGUAGGAGCAGGAUGAAGAAGGAGAAGGAGUGGAAGGAGAAGAAAAGCAAACCCUCCGAGGAGAGAUCCAGAUCCAGAGCCAGGUCAAAACCUGACAAACCCAAAGCAGAGAGUCUUCCACCCAAGAAAGCAGAGCAGAAGAAAGAAGCGUCGCCGGAGGAGAAACUUCAAAAGCUCCACACAGAUAUCAAGUUUGCCCUGAAAGUGGACAACCCUGACAUUGAGCGCUGUCUGCAAGCCCUGCAAGAGCUUGAAUCCGUGCCCGUCACCAGCCACGUCCUGCAGAAGAACGCUGAUAUCAUUGCCACACUGAAAAAGAUUCGUCGCUACAAAGCCAGCUCGGCCGUCAUGGAGAAGGCCAGUGAGGUGUACAACAAGCUGAAGCUUCGCUUUGUGGGCAAAGCAGAAGCGGCAGCCAAGCCCAAGACGGACAAGGAAGGGGAGGAUGAUGACAAGGAGACGGAAAGCCCAGAUUCCACUGCAGUCAACGGACAGUCGGAAGAGAAAAAAGAGCAAGAGGAAAAAGCGGUGGAAGAUGAGAGCAACCACCACCCUGCUUCCACUCCAAUCAGGCGGAGCCUCGACAGUCCACCGCAGACGAACCAGUACGCCCAAGCUAACAGCAACAACCCUGCAGCGACGCAAGAUGGAAGUUAAAAGGAGGAAAGACCCGCACCCCCACAGCAGGCAGUCUAUGAGACAGAUGAUGGACUUCUACCACCUCUUUGGAAAGGAAUCGUACUUUGUGCAGCACACGGCCCUCUUCUUUAUCACCACCCCACCCGCCUUUUUUCAUUCUUUCAUGCUCUACGGUGAACACAUGCGCUUGCAGCCAACAUCUGUGGGAAAAGUAGACGUGCUAAACGUGGACAGCGUUGUUGUUUUUUACUGGCUAACGUAAAUCACACACACUAUUGGCAUUUUCCACACUGCUCAAGUGCUGCUUGUCUUUUCUUUUUUAACCUCAGCCUGAAUGAUAUGUAAGACAAUGAAAAGAGUUCAAGUCCAACUGAGGUUCACUGCCUUUUUUUUUUUUUUUUUGACACACGUGCUUGUAGACAUGCAGUGGCGCUGCACACGUGCGUACGUGCGUUGUCUUGCUGUGAUGUGUGCUUGUUAGUGGCGUUGUGUUACUGCCGUGGCGUGAGAGCCUGGCAAGCCGUGUGGAGAUGAAUGGUCAUGAAUAAACGCUACAUAGAGCAG